AUGCAAGGUAGGAAGUCGACAACAUCGGCCUCCAUUGCGCAUUAUAACUGGCAUAUUCAACAAGGACACUUUCAAGAGGGGGAAUACCCCCCUUUAAAGGUCCUGAUUCCGCACCCCGGUGUGAAUAUUGAAGACGAGCAUGAACCGUUAGCAAUGGCUGAAGCCAUACACGGCAAUAGGGGCAGUGAAGCCGGGGACAACGAAGUGGAGGAUUCUGAGGAUGAAGAAGAUGGAGACCGAGGAGAUUGGGGGAGUGAGUCCGAGGACGAAGUAGUUGAGAAUUCUGAGGAUGUCGAAUAUGAUCCGGCUACGGAGUUGGCAGCUGCGUGGCUGGACCGUUUCCCAAAGGACCAAAACAUCCUCAAAAAAGUUGCUCGGCCUGAAGGCUCACGACACUAUGGGCUCAAGUGCCCAGGCCCCGGAAGGGUCGCUGACGGACUAGUGCUGGGUACGCAGGUGUGCCCAAAUAGAGCGACAAUCUCAUUCGAGACAGGUGUUGUUGUCAAACGAAAAGAGAGUCAGCAUAUUGGGCUCAAAACCCGAUGCGCAUCCUGCCACGGGCGGUUUAUGUUCAACGAGUUUCUGAGGACUCAUUUUCUGGAAGCAGAUCCUGAUCAGGAAGCGUGCAGCCAUAAGGGGUGCCUCAAGCCUGCGUGGGAGGGCUCAAAACUCUGCCAUAAUCACUUCCUUUCCUGGACGCCAGACCUCCUCAGCAAAGACAAAGUCGCGAUGGAUGAGCUCAGAAAUUUGUUCGAGAAAGCGGCUUUCGAUCAGUGGUUCCCCGCGACAACGAUAAUGGCCAGAGUCCUAGAGAGGAUGGAAUCCGACAGCAAGACCAAUAUUCCGGCUUCCGAGAUAGUUAAUAUCGACCUGGAAACUGCCUUUUUUUCCCGGAAGGUGCUCCAGAUCGGCCUCGCCAAUCUUCAAGGAGAGAAAGCACUCGAUUGUCUUACGAAGUAUGGUGAGGGAAUCAUCGCGCCUUCCAAAUCGGGCUUGUCUGCACAGGCAACUCAGCGGCAAAAGGACUAUGAAAAGAAGGUCCGAACCUAUUAUUCGCAAGACGGGACCCUUGAUGCAAACAGGGUCGUAGGAAAACUCCGAGAAAUCGGUAUUUCUAAGAAAACCAUUUUCCUGUCUUGGGCGACGUGGUGCUUCGACCUGUCUUUCUUGAGAGACUGGCUGGGGGCUGAAGGUUUUCACGACGUUCUCCCCGGGGAUGAGAAUGUCUGUUUGCUUCUCAAGGAGUUCCGUUUGAACGUGAGCAGGGUGAUUGGUAGGACCUGCUACCGAGGCGGGGGGGUUCCUCUAUCUCUGCCUGUGCUGUUUCUUCUACUUUUCGGAGAGAACCACCGCCUCUCGGGGCGCAAUCACCAUGCACUGGUGGACGCCCAGCAGUUAUCCAUGAUAGCAGAGGUGUUCGUCGACCUUUGUAAACCUCCUGACAAGCGGGUUCUCUGGCGGCGAUCGGAAAUCACGUUGGGCCCAGGGAAGAGGCAACGACCAUUGGAAGUGUAUUCCCCUCGGUCAAAUAAAAAGGCAAAGCUUUAG